AUGAAGAACUUCUUCACCGCGGCCGCCCUCAUCGGCGGCCUGAUCAGCGGGGUCACGGCAGCUCCCGCCAGCACCCUUGAGGCUCGCACCUUUUUCAACUUCCCGACCAAGGCCACCGCGUCUUCGUCGAGCUGCAAUGUCGCCGACGCCAUGUCCCAGGUCCAGGCUUCCCUGAGUACUGCUCUCGGUACUUGCCAGGGCGCCAACCUGGCUGCGGGUGCCUCUUUCGCCGCCCGCAAUGCCAUCGCCGCUAAGAUCGGCGCCGACCUCAGCGCUGCGACUGGAGUCCUGGGCUCGUUCAGCAACGCGCUCGGUGCCGCCUCGACCAGCGUCAUUCUCGGUGCCAAUCCCAACUGCGACUAUGACUGCAUUGGCGGAGCCAUGGUCAGCCACACGGCUGCCAUCUCUGCCGACAUCAGCUCUAUCGUCGGUAUUCUCGGCACUGACUGUGUCGGCUCGCUUGUCACCCCCAUCAUUGCAAAACUCGCCACCUGUGCCACUGGACUGGAGCCCAUCUCCGCUGGUAUCGCUGCUAGCUGCGGCGCUACCGUCGCUGCCACCCUGGGCGCCGAGAUGUGCACCGACCUUGGCAUCAACGUUGGUACCAUCUUCGGCGUCAGUGCCGGUGCCGGUGCCGGUGCCGGUCUCGGUGCCAGUGCCGGCCUAUCGGCUGGCGCCGGCGCCGGACUCGGCGGUGGACUUAUUGGUGGCCUCGGCUCUACCAUCGCCAGUAUGUUGAAGGGCGGCCUUGGCGCCGGCGCUGGUCUCGGAGCCGGUGUUAACUUCGGUGCCGGCGCUGGCCUUGGCGCUGGAGCUGGCGGCGACGCUGGAGCCGGAGCUGGAGCUGGAGCUGGUCUUAACGCUGGUGUCGGCCUUAACGCUGGAGCUGGUCUUGGUGCCGGAGCUGGUGGAGCUGGAGGCGGUGCCGGUGCUGGUCUUGAUGUUGGCGCUGGUGUCGGUCUUAACGCCGGAGCUGGCCUUGGUGCUGGUGCU